AUGGAGGACCAGUCACAAUCAGAUAUCAUCAAAGCAAAUCCAGUCGGACGUGGUCUUUUUACCUUUCAAGAUCUUUUUAAUUCCAUCUGCAAAGAUGCAGAUCCUGUCUAUGACCAGCACAUUCUAAACCAGCUGAGCGAAGAAGAUCUUCAGAACCUUGCUCUCGUUCUUCUCUCAUCACUUCAAGUCCUUCCGGCUGCCCGAUUACUCCAUUCCAAACGCGGAAGAGCAUUCUUUGUCGAAUUGUCAACCCUAAACACGAAGAUCACGAGCGAAGACUUCGACCUCCAGUGCAUCAAACCUCUCCUGAAGGCUGCCCUCGCCGACGACCCUGACGAUGAGCUGAUUUGGCGUCAAAUCAACAACCUCGUUAUCGAAGCCACCCCACCGCCCCGAACGAUAGCGUCUUCACUUCAACAAACUCCCUGGCUGCACAACACAAGCAGUUUUAUAAACUCGUCCGAACACCGCAGAUAUGUUGACGGUAUACUCAAGGAGGAGCUCGGCACUAUGUAUGUCGGGCUUCCCGGCUUUCGAGACGCAUACUUCGGAAGUGUGGCUGGACUUGAGACAGCGUCCAAGAUGUUUUUCGAUCAGUGCCUCAAAGGGAGCGAUCUUGCCUUCCAAAACGGCUGGCGGGGAUGGCCCCAGGAUGCAAACGAGAAAAGCGUGCUGGAGUGGCUUGCGAACUUCGUGAGGAAGCUAGCGCUGUUUACGAACACCCAGAAGCCAAAUACGAAACGUCAACGAGACCUAGCACAGCCUAACACGCCGAUGCAGGGUUCCACAGCAGAUCGCAAAUUGGAUGUUGGGUUUGUUGACAACAUGAAGCCUGACCAAGAGCCUCGAUACCACUGGAAGCAGAUACUGGUACCUGGAGAACUCAAGAGCAACCCGUCUGCUGACACAGCCUCCAAGUCGUGGCUCGACCUCGGGAGAUAUGCGAGGGAAGUGCUCGCUGCACAGGACAGCCGACGUUUUGUCCUGGGCUUUACACUCUGCGGAUCCCUCAUGAGGGUCUGGGCAUUUGACCGGCUUGGAGCUAUUGCGUCAAAUCAGUUCGACAUUAACAAAGAUGGGCAGCAAUUUGUAUCCACGAUACUUGGGUUUCUCUGGAUGGAUGAAGAAGCCCUAGGAUUUGAUCCGACGGUCAUGACAAUGAACGGCGAACGCUUCAUUGAGAUUGAGAGGAAUGAUUCUAAAGAGGGGAUCGUUAUUGAUGGGAUAAUCCUACGAGCGCGCUGUGUGGCUGGCCGGGCCAGCACUUGCUGGAAAGCACAUCCCCAAGGGCACCCAGAAACGGUACUUGUUGUCAAAGAUUCAUGGCAAUACCUUGAACGCGAUGAGGAGGGUGACCUCUUGCGUGAGGUGACAGACAAAGGCGUCGUGAAUGUGGCUCGGUAUUAUUAUCACGAAACAGUCCAGGUUAACGAGAAAAACGAUGACAUCUGGAACAAUGUUCGGCACGGUCUAGAUGUCACAGCAGCAACCAACUAUAGGCCACGACAACAGAUACAACCAAGAAACAUAGCAAAAGAUACCACAAGGAAGGGCCGCAGCAGCACCAGUCAGAAGCGUCCAUCCAGCCAAACCGAGUCCACUUUGCCCCCAAACAAGCGAUCCUGCUCCGUGUCUCCAACAAAGGCUACAAAUAUGCCACCAAAUCGGGUUCAUCGGCGCAUCAUUCUUAGGGAUUAUGGCAAGCCUAUUUACAGGGCAAGCUCUCGAUCAGCACUACUUGCUGCCCUAGUAGGCUGCAUUGAAGGCCAUGAGUCUUUGUACAAGGCAGGCAUCCUCCACAGAGAUAUAUCCAUCAAUAAUCUCAUGAUCAAUGAGGAUAGUAGCAACUCAUCGUGGCCUGCGUUUUUGAUCGACCUUGACCUCGCCAUUCGGGAGCAGCGAGAGGGUGCUUCGGGUGCCAAAGGAAAGACCGGCACGAGGGCCUUUAUGGCUAUUGGGGCGUUGCUAGGCGAGCAACAUUCGUUCAUGCAUGACCUAGAGUUGUUCUUCUGGGUCCUGUUUUGGAUAUGCAUUCACUAUGAUGCAAAUGGCAAAGAUGUUGGCCCAACUGGGUUUGACAGGUGGAACUACGAGAGCGAUAACACGUUGGCUGAGCUCAAGAUGGGUAUGGUUGCUGAUGAGCAAUACUUUCAACAAAAAUGUAUGGAGAGCUUUACUCCGCACUACCAGCCGUUUAUACCAUGGGUCAAUAGGUUACGCCAGGUGGUGUUUCCAAGUGGUGAAAGGUGGAAAAGGCUGGAGACUGGGCUCUAUUGCUCAAUGAAAAAGAUUCUUCAAGACGCACAGCAGGAUACAGGGGUGACGGCAGGCGGAUAG